CGUGAAGUGGCGAAUCUGUCAAAUCACUGGACAGUUCUAAUCAAGCACGGACUUUGUUUUACCUCAGGUCAGCUUCUUCUCUUGGACUAUCAAGUACAUGCUUUCACUAAUGCUCUAGAACAAUAUUUGGAUGCUGGGAUACAUUACACAGCAGGACCUUUCCCAGUACCCCGCAAAAUCCGUUUUCUUCAUGAUGGGCAGCGAGUCGCUGGACUAUGUCCCGCUAGUGUCUCCUGACGAUGACCCGUACUCCACACGAAAGAUUCGCGGGAUUCGUUCGAAAUGGCGCGAGAAGAUUCACAUUGGGAUCAUCUUAUUACAAGCUUGCGUGCUGGUGUUCUUGCUGUUCAUCAACUUGCGUGGAGCCAACUGCCAGCCUAUCUAUGUGGACCGCCCAUUGUUAUAUUCGCCUGCUCAAGAGGCUUUGGAGAACGAGGUGAAAGUGUUCACCGUCGGAAGAGAAGAAAAGACGAUAUAUCAAGGUUUCGACAACGAAGCAGAUAGAGCUUGGGGCGAUCUUUACAACCACACGCUCUUGAAAAUCUCCAGAAACGAGGCCGCUCUUCUUCCAAAUAAGACUUACCCUAUCUACGGUGAAGGUGGAUACUACCUUGCUGGUUUGGACGUAUUCCAUCAGCUCCAUUGCUUGCAUGUCGUCCGCCAUGCUCUUUAUAGCGAUCAGUUCGAUGAUCCACACGCAGAUCCUGAACAUGUCUCCCAUUGCAUCGACGCGAUCCGCCAGUCUUUGAUGUGUAAUGCAGACAUUUCCGUGAAUGUCUGGCAAUGGAGCCAAGAACUCUCUGCUGUCGUGGGAUACAGCUCGCAGGCGCAUUCAUGUCGCAACUUUGACAAGCUUCGAGACUGGGCGAGGGAGCGCAGGAUUCACGAGUGGAUCGACAUCCGCCUGUUCGUAGAAGAUGACCUACCAGAUCCUCCUAUUAUCAGUUAGAACAUCUUUCACGCCUGUGUACAGUAGUUACGAUGCGACAAAUGGAACUGACAAUUCAAACGUG